AUGAGCAGUGCACGCGUUAACGUGGUUUGUGGAAGAAUCCUUAUACGCCUUAUCGUCACCAUGGAGCCCAGAAUUAUUCCAUUCCCAGCGGUAGAGCGGGCCCGCUGCGCCUUGGGGGCGAGUGUGCUAGAUGAAAAGUGUGAACGCUAUUGUGCCCGGGCAGGGUCGGGGCCGGCGGGGCCCGGACUGAGCGGCGCCCUCGUCCACCUGGGGCCGUUCCGGAAAAUACGCUCCCCCAACCACCCCCCCCGCUGCAUGCAACAUUCACCCACCACCGUACCUCCGGGCCCGGCCGCAGAUGGGCCGGGCCGCGGGCCCAGGAUACGCGGGAGACGCGUGGCGGCCACUCUUCCCACCGAGCUGGCAAUUUUCUAUAUUCCUUCCAUAUGA